UGAAAUGGUUUCAUGUUACUUGAUAUAUGCAAUCAAAUGCAUUUUUUAUGUAUUAUGCAAUUCUGAUUAAUUUUUUAGUUUGGGGGAUUUCCGAAUUUGAAUAGUUGCAUUAAGCACUUUAUUUAUAUUUUUACAUUCCAAAAAGCGAAAAAGCGAAAAAGAAAAAAGAAAAAAAGAAGAAGAAACUCUCAAGAAAACAUUGUAAUGUUAAUGUUACAUUGAGGAAAGUGAGCAGUCUCAAGUUUAAAGGAGGUUCUGAAGUUCAGUAUGUUGAUAAACAACGUGGUAUAUCUGUAGUCCUAGAUGGAUCUGAUCUUAAAAAAGAGAUGAAGGCCUCAGGUCUCAAGGUUGUUGAGGACAGAUUACCAGGGGCCUCUGAUGAGAACGUUUUACUCAGGCAGGCCAAACAUUUUCUUAAGAUUGGGAGAAACGAGGCUGCUCUGAUCCAUCUUAACAGUGCUGUGUGUAUGGAUCCUGGGAAUCUUGAGGUUCUUGCUACCCGGAGUAAAUGCAACUUGAAGCUUGGAAGAUGGGAGGAGGCUUUGCUUGACGCGGAGGAAGUUCUUCUUCAAAACCCACAGUACGUGAAAGCUAUGUACGGAAAAGGCGAAUCUCUGUUCAACAUGUGUCAUUUUGAACAUGCUUUGCUUUGCUUUCACAAAGGACAGGCUCUGGCUCCGGAUAAUGAAGAGUUCCAACUGGGAGUUAUAAAAGCCAGGAAAACUAUCUCUAAUAGUCUCCCAGCAAAUAUCUUCAAGUUUGAUGGAUUGCAGGGGUUUUUAACAAAAAAUAAACUUAGGUCUGUGAAUAAUCCCGAAGGUUGUUUACUCCCAUCCCAGCAACAAAAAUCAAGGCUGAAGUCAAAAACUACCAAAAACCCACUGAAGGAAGAUAAGAGAUUGCAGGAAGAUUACGAGUUUUUAGAGUGUCUGCAUAUCACCAUGAUGGAUGGAGAACAUACCUCUAGUCCUUUAACAUUUACUGAAAAUAAUAAAACCGCAAAGUUUGGGGUUUGUCAGGUUGCUGAGGAUGGAAUGAUGUUUCUCAGCUCAAGACAACAGUUUUGGGGGAGCAUCAAAUAAACUGUUCUACUAUCUGCAUCUCACUUUUUGUUUUGUUUAGUUUGUAUACAGGGUGUCCCAAAAAAAAUGACAGUUGGUGAAUACUUUAGAAUUUC